GCUAGGUUGUUUCAAAACGAGAAGAGGAGGUUUACGAGAUAGUCAUACUUUCCUUGGUACGGUGCUGAAGAUGGGGGAUGUUCUCGGAGUAAUAGGCCUUGUUCUGCCUCCAGUAAUCAACCUUUUGAAAAAGGGGCAUAGGAGUAUCAAGGACAUGGAGGAACUGCUGAAGGACGAAAGCGAUACGGCGAAACUAGUUGAUGGCUUGAAACAGCUCCUGGAUGAGUUCAACGGAGCGACAUUUACCACAAAUAUCCGUAAGAUGGACAAAGAGCUUUAUCUUCUACUCGAAAAGAGAUGUCAGAAGUUGUACGACACGAUAAGGGAUGUACAAGACCAGUUUCGGGGUGGCUGGGCUUCUCGUGCUUUUGCCUGUACGAAGUCUCAAAAAGAAUUGAAGAAACUGAGAUCCGAAUUCGACUCUGUUAUCAAAAUGAUCAAUAAUUUUGAAAGCACCUCCAAUUUCAUGCAACGGUUGCGUGGAGAGGACCUCAAUAAUCAUACCAUUGAUGAAGCGAGACUGAGCAAAACAAUCAUCACUGCUAUUUCCCGCGAGUUGACGAAGAGAAUCCCUCACCAGCCAAACGACUACAGAGGAUAUCAACGUGAGAAGGUAUAUCGAGUCCAAAAGGCGGGAGCUGGCCGAUCUCAGAAAGGCCCCUAUCAAGCUCGUACAAAAAUAGAGAAAUGUAUCAAGGUUCGACAAGAGGAAGGCGAGUGUCGCAACUGCGGGACUACUGAACAUCGGGAGAAGUACUGUGCCAAUCGCUGCGUUAAAUGCAAUCAGGGAGAUCACACCGUAUCUGGCUGUUAUAACGACGUUCGCUGCUACGAUUGUGGACGAUGGGGACACAUGCGCAAUGACAAUACCUGCCCACAGAGAUACCGUCAGAGAUCCAGGUGGAACUGAGCGGACGAUCGCAUAGAGUUUUGCAAGAAUAUACUAUAUUGCAAGUUUCCGUGUGUUUGUUGCUCUAGAGGGUUGAUUUAGAAGUGCCUUAGAAUGACUAGCAUGGACGCACGAAUCCUGAAGGCAGAGGUUGAAGUAUGAUUGUG